AUGCAAUCACCAUCUUUUUUUUCUCCACCAAGAGAAUUAUCACGUCCUGGAACUUCUCUCAAUAUUCAUGCACGUCGAGCAGAAGCACGUGAUGCUAAAAAAGCGAAAAAUCUUAUACAAACAUAUACAACAGAGGUAUUUGGUCGUAUAACUCGUGAAGAAAAUAUUUCUUCAAUUUUGGAAAAUUCAACAUUUUCUUUAACAUUGGAUGAUAAUGAUGAUGAAGUUUAUGCAUUAGGUGCUUUUUAUGACUAUCCAAAUGUUCAUGGUGUUCCAUCGAAUGAUUGGGAAGAAAAAUGGUGGAAAAAUUCAUUUGAUAAAACAAAUGAAACAUCAAAAAUGAAUGCUAUUAAUACAGUUUUCUUACAUUUUUUUGUUUCACAUCCAGAUUUUUCUGAAGGAUGUGCGGAAGAAUUAAUCAAUGUUACUUUUAAAGCAUUACCAGAAGUGAAUCAAAUUUUACUUUGUGUACCACCAAAAAUUACACCAGAAAGUGCUUUAACAAAAUAUUUUCAUCCAAUUGAAAAUGAACGAACAGAUAAUAAAUGUUCUAUCAUGGUAUGUUAUCGUAAAGAUCAUUUUCCAGCAUUAUUUAUUCGAACAGCUCGAGUACAAGAUAAUGAUGAUCUUGCUCCAUUAUUUAAUCAAUACAAUGAAAUUUUAAAACAAACGUAUGGUGAUUUUUUUGUUGCUGAACUUAUUGAAUCACAAGAUGCGGACAAUAAAGCAUUAGUAGCAGAGUGUAAUGGUUAUGCUAUUGGUUUUAUGAGUAUAUCCAAAGAAGUCAAUAUUGAUGUACUCAAUGAAAUUUAUGUCUUAUCAGCAUUUCAUGGUUUACGUGCAGCACAUCCAGAUGAUCAAUGGAAUGAUCAAAUGACAGAAGAAACGGAAAGUUAUUUACCAAAUUCUGAUAUACAUAAUCAUGGUGAUGUGACAUCACAUGGUGAUGCAAAUGCUCAUUUAAAAUCAAAUCCAACACUUGAAGCUAUGCAACGAGCUGUUGGAACUGAAGGUUCUGUUGAACAAUCACAGCAAUUAUCGACUAAUGCAGAUAAAAAUAAUAAGCAUGUAAAAUCAAACGAAGGACAGCUUGAUCAUAACAGUUUGACAGCAUCAGAUUACACAACAACACCAACCAAUAAAUCAGUAGAUGAUUUGACUAAUUUGAAUGGAGAUGAAAAUAUUAGUAAUGAUGAUAAUAAUGAUGCUGUUUUGGAAAUAACUGAUACAUCGUCACAGCGAGCUAAAAUGACCAAAGCACAAUUAGCAGCAGAAAAUCCAUCCAAAUAUAUUAAACCAAGAUUGAUUAGUCAAACGCCAAAGUUUUUUGGAAAAGAAAAAGCAUUUGCUAUUCAAUUAUUUUGUAUUAGCGAAGUAUAUGAAAAACGUUCUUAUGAUUUUCUCCAAAAAGCUUUUGAUAUGUUUUCUGAUCGUGAUUAUUGUAUUAUAUCAAUACCACAAAUGGUACCUGAAUUUCCACUUUUACAAUCAUUCAUUCGCAUUCCACCACGUGUUCAUUUACCAAAUAUUCAAGAAUUAUAUUUAUUCCAUCGUGCUGGUUUAUUACGUGACAUUUCUAUUGAACGUGCUACAGAAAAAAAUCUUGAUACCGUUAAUCGACUUACAGAACAUUUUUCAUCACGUGAAAAGAUUAUGAAUGAUUUUUUGGAUGCUGUACGAAGUCGAAAGCGAACUGAUACAAAAGCUUUUCUUGAUGCUUAUAUUAUCAAUGUUGCUAAUCAAACAAGUGCUGUGAUUAUUUUUAGCAAUGAAGAUAAUAUUGAUUAUCUUCGUUCACAAUAUAAUCUUGAAGAUUUCAUUUAUUUUGAUUUACAUAAACGUUAUGAUCAUCUUCAUCUUUAUCAUUUUGUAAUUAAUCCAAUAUUUGCUUUUAUGACAAAAUUAUUUUUGAAAGAAAUUUUACGUAAAAUUAAUAAAACAUGUAUUUAUUAUCCAAUUUUUCCACGUUAUGCAGAUGAUGAAGUGCUCAAACAUCAUUCACCAACAUAUGCUAUUCAUUAUUUAGUACCAGUACGUCCUCGUCGUUUAAUUCAAUAUAAUUUAGAAGAACUUAAAAUGAAUGCACCAACCGAUUGUGUACUUGGUAAAUUACCAAGUUUAACACAUAGUCCAUUUUCAUUAACUAUGACGUCUAUUAAAUUACUUUCCGAAACAAAAAUAACAAUUAAUGCAAGAAUUGUUAUUGUUGGUGCGUCAACUGUUGGUUUGGCUGUACUUGAAUCUCUUAUUAUGUGUCCUUAUCUUCGUUUCAAUAAUCUGACAUUGAUUUCACCUCAUGGCAUGCCAGGUGAAUUUCCACCAUCACAUACUCGUGAUUUAUUUUUACCAUCAAAUCUUGAAUAUGACACAGAAGAAUUAAGUCGUCUAUCACUUCGUUCUUAUGUUAAUAUUAUAUGUGCGAAAUUAGUUAGUCUUAAUCGACCAAUGAAAUUGGCUAUACUUGAUGAUGAAACAGUUAUUCCUUACGAUCAUUUACUUUUAUGUACAGGCAACCAAUAUCAUGUUACUGCUCCAAUGAAAACUGUUGUUCAAAAUCCAUUGAAUAAACAAAUUGUACCAGCAAAAGCUGAUCGAAUUUUAUUUGAACCUGCUCCUCCGAAUGUAUUAACAAUUAAUGAUGAAUUUGAUGCUGCUAUGGUACUUAAAUGGCUUCGAAUGAAUCAACAUACUGAACAUUCUAUUUUAAUUUAUGGAUCAACACUUGAAUCUUAUUGUUGUAUUAAUGCACUGAUUGCUAAUGGAAUUCCAUCAAAUUCUAUUAAACUUAUUACUCCUCCUGGAUCUCAACAGAUAAAUGUUUUUAAUGAUCCAACUGUAUUACGAACUGUUCAAGAUGAACUAAGAGAAUUAAAUAUUGAAAUAUAUGAAGAAUAUUUAAUGGAUGAAUGGCGUAGUCAAGAGAUAGAUGAUAUGGAUCAACCAAUUGACCAUGUUGUAUUUCAUUUCCAUGAUAAAAAACAAGACAAGCACAAAGAUCUUAGUUUAAAAUGCACUACAUUAUUAUGUUUUGUUAAUAAACAAGUUAAUUAUAAUGCAUUUGUAGCAAUAAAUCAGAGUUCAUUAGUAUUUGAUGGACGUCUUGUUGUUGAUGAACAUAAUCGUACAAAUGAUCCAUUAAUUUAUGCUGGUGGAUCUUUAACAAAAUUUAAACGAGGUUACCAUCGUGAUGAUUGGUCACAUACAUGUUUUAAUUCGAAACAAGUCGGAACAAUGCUUGCGAAUGAAUUAUUUACACAAUAUGAUCCAAUAUUUACUCCACCAAAAACAUCAUCUGGCAAACAUCCACUUAUUCCAUUAUAUAAUAAAUCAAAACGAGUUUCUGCUGUUUUACCAGGAAAUCUUCAUUAUCUUCAAAUAAGUCAAGCUGGUCCUACAGUUGAUUAUGAAAAAGCGAAAAAAAUUGAAAAUUAUGGUACUGAUUUAAUAACAAAUCAUAAUAAUAAUUAUUUCCGUCUUCAUCUUGAUUCAACUGGUAUUGUUCGUACUAUUGUUUGUCUUCAUCAUACUAAAAUUGAUGUUACAAAUCUUUCACAAUUAUAUGGAUUACAUGAACGAUUACUUAAUAAUCUUCGACAACGUUAUAAUGAACAUCUUAUUACUGAUUUAUUUACAUAUUUUCAAGAGAAUUGGACUGCUGUUUUGUAUCAUGAUCGUUUUAAUGAUGUUCGAAAUGAAGUUCGUGAUAUUUUGAAAAAAACACUGAUGAAUAAUGAGAAAUCAAUUGUUUCAACACUUGAUUCAGCUAUUGAUAAUGAUAUUGCAUUUGGUGAAGAUCAAAGGAAAGCAAUAUUGAGACGAUUCCGUGCUGAAGGUUAUAAGAGUGAAAUUGAAGAAAUUAUGCUACGUUACAUUAAUUAUAAUCAAUAUCAUUUACCAAUGUACGCAAGACCAACUUGA